UUGUAGAGAAUUUGCAGAGUCAGUCCUUUGCCUCCUGUCAGAACAGGCCCUCCAAUCAAGACAGUCACGUCCUGGUUCAUAUCCUCCUACCAGCUGCCUGCCUGCAUCCUGCGAGGCGCCUGACUUCCGGGGGUAGUUUCCGGCGAGGCCUUUGGGCGACGGUUGAGCGGCAAGAUGAGUGUCUUCUCGCGCCUCAGGAAUGGAAUCCCCCCGUCGCGAGACGACUGCCAGUCUCCCUAUGAGCGAUUAAGUCAACGCAUGUUGGACAUUUCCGGCGACCGAGGUGUGCUGAAGGACAUCAUCCGAGAGGGCGCUGGCGAUCCUGUGACACCCGAUGCUUCUGUGCUGGUGAAGUAUUCUGGAUACCUGGAGCACAUGGACAAGCCUUUCGACUCUAACUGCUUUAGGAAAACACCUCGGCUAAUGAAACUCGGAGAAGAUAUUACACUCUGGGGCAUGGAGCUGGGCCUUCUAAGCAUGCGCAGAGGGGAACUGGCCAGGUUCCUAUUCAAGCCAACCUAUGCUUAUGGCACCCUGGGGUGCCCGCCCCUCAUCCCUCCAAAUGCCACUGUCCUGUUUGAGAUCGAGCUGAUUGACUUCCUGGACUCUGCUGAGUCGGACAAGUUUUGUGCACUCUCAGCUGAGCAGCAAGAACAGUUUCCACUCCAGAAAGUCCUCAAAGUAGCAGCAACUGAGAGGGAGUUUGGCAACUACCUUUUCCGCCAGAAUCGCUUCUGUGAUGCCAAAGUGAGAUACAAGCGGGCCUUGCUGCUGCUUCAUCGACGCUUGGCCAUCUGUGAGGAGCAGCACUUGGUAGAACCUGCUGAGCUUCUAGUCCUCCUUAACCUGUCCUUUGUGUACCUGAAGCUAGACCGACCUGCCAUGGCCCUGCGCUAUGGGGAGCAGGCUCUGCUCAUUGACAAAAGGAAUGCCAAGGCCCUCUUCAGGUGUGGACAGGCUUGCCUCCUCCUAACUGAGUAUGAACAGGCUCGGGAUUUUCUAGUGCGAGCUCAGAAGGAGCAGCCCUGCAACCAUGACAUCAAUAAUGAGCUGAAAAAGCUGUCCAGCCACUACAGGGACUAUGUAGACAGAGAAAGAGAGAUGUGUCACCGGAUGUUUGCUGCCUGUGGAAGUGGCUCUUCAGUGGGAGGAAACUGAAGACCCAUUCCAAAGGGGGCUGCGGUAAGCAAAGUGCCCCCGCUCCGGUCUGUACCCGGGAAGAGCAGGAAGACGCGUUCCUCUGCUGCCAGGAGGAGGGAGGCUCUGCUGACAUCACAGAUCUAGCUCUGGAGUUCCCAAAAUGGAGCCAGAAAUAGACCAAAGAGCUGGGCGAGUGGGCAAGCCUGUGAUCUCCACACUCCAGAGGCCAAGGGAGAAAGAAAGCACAUUCAAGGCUAACCUAGGUUACAUAGAGAAUUCUAGACUAACCUGAACUACAGACGGAGACGAUUGGAAACAAAGAGAGGAAGUAAGGGAAGGAGGGAGCUGGAGGGGAAGUGGCUCCACAGGGGAAGGUUCCUGCGAACCGACUAACCGAGCUGGCAUCCUGAGUUCCAUACCUACAGCCACAUGGGGAACACAGAGAACUGCUUCCACAAGUUGUCCUCUGACCUCCGCAUAAAUGGUACCUUCCACCCACACCCGCACCCUAACAAUAAAUAGAUAUAAUAAAAAAUGUCAAAAGAAGAGAAA